AUUUUGUGAAAUGGAACGUGACUGUCAUUUAGUUGUCAAAUGAAAAAUGGCGGUGGCACUCGUUAGUUCGGCUCGUCAGGUGGGGAGGCUAACAAGACUGUAUUCUGAUGUUUAUCCCAAAAUAACAACACAUUAUACAAUACAUCCUAGAGAUAAGGACCCAAGAUGGAAAGAAGUAAACAUGGAACGUAUGGCAGAAGAGACAGAUAUCCUAAUUAUUGGAGGAGGUCCUGCAGGUAUGGCAGCGGCAAUCAGGGCCAGACAGAUCGCCGAGCAGAAGGGGGCUGAAGUCCGAGUCACUUUGUUAGAGAAAGCUGCCGAGGUUGGUGGUCACAUACUAUCGGGUGCUUGCGUAGAUCCGGUUGCUCUGAAUGAGUUGAUACCAGAUUGGCUAGAGAAGGGUGCUCCGAUGAACACUCCUGUCAAAGCCGAUAAGUUUGGUCUGCUCACGAAAACUGGAAGAAUACCUAUUCCAGUAUUUCCAGGACUACCGAUGUACAAUCAUGGCAACUAUGUGGUGCGACUGGGACAUUUGGUUCGUUGGAUGGGAGAGCAAGCUGAGGCAGCCGGGGCAGAGAUCUGGCCUGGUUGCGCGGGCGCAGAGCUCUUGUUUCGCGACGACGGUUCGUUAAAGGGAGUGGCCACGGGAGAUGUCGGUAUCGCUAAAGAUGGAAGUCCUAAAGACAUGUUCGAACGGGGAAUGGAGUUUCAUUCCAAGAUCACCAUAUUUGCCGAAGGUUGCCACGGGCAUUUAACCAAGAUGGUGUCAAAUAAAUACAAUCUCAGGGAGAACAGCGAGCCACAGUCUUACGGCAUCGGCUUGAAAGAGUUAUGGGAAGUGCAGCCUGAGAAACACCAACCUGGCUUGGUAGAACACACUAUAGGCUGGCCAUUAGACAAGAAUACUUACGGUGGAUCGUUCAUCUAUCAUUUGAACGUCUCUGAGGGUGAAGCCCCAUUAGUGGCUGCGGGCUUCGUUGUGGGCUUGGAUUAUUCCAACCCUUACAUCAGCCCGUUCAGGGAGUUCCAGCGGUUUAAACUGCAUCCGUAUAUCAAGCCUCUGUUUGAGGGAGGCACUCGCAUAGCCUAUGGAGCUCGCGCCCUAGUAGAGGGGGGCUGGCAGUGCUUACCGGGUACAUCGUUCCCUGGCGGGGUGUUAGUAGGAGAUGCAGCUGGAUUCCUGAAUGUGCCCAAGAUUAAGGGGACACACAACGCUAUGAAGAGUGGAAUGUUAGCAGCCGAUACAGCGAUGGAUCUCAUAAUGAACGGAGAAGCGAACCACGAGAAGGGAGUGCUGCCAACUGCUUACGAUGACAAACUUAAGAAUUCUUACGUCUACAAGGACUUGAAACAAGUGAGAAACUGCAGGCCGUCGUUCCAUACUAAGCUUGGUUUAUACGGCGGCGUAGCGUAUUCCGCCUUCUCUACUUUGAUACGAGGCAAGGAACCAUGGACCCUUAGCCACGGAGGUGCGGAUCACGCUAAACUAAAGCCGGCCAAAGAAAGCACUCCCAUCGAAUACCCGAAGCCUGAUGGUGUGAUCACCUUCGACCUACUGUCAUCAGUAGCUCUGACAGGCACAAACCACGAAGCCGAUCAACCACCACAUUUGACGCUAAAGGACGAUUCCAUUCCCGUGAACAGAAAUCUCGCCGUAUUCGAUGGACCCGAAGCGAGGUUCUGUCCAGCUGGUGUGUACGAGUUCGUACCAAUGGAGACUGGUGACGGCCAACGACUACAGAUCAACGCGCAGAAUUGCAUUCAUUGUAAAACUUGCGACAUCAAAGAUCCAUCACAGAACAUUAAUUGGGUGGUGCCAGAAGGUGGUGGCGGCCCCGCUUAUAAUGGAAUGUAAAUUUUGUUAGAAUCGCGACCUUAAUACCUGAGCCAUAAGAUUGAAUAUAAAAUACACUUCGGACACAUCUAUUCGUUCCACUUAAUGGUAUAAGCUUCAACGGCCUGUAUAUAUGUUUAUCGUUGAGUUGUAAUUUUAAAAACACACGAAAAGAAGUUUAAUGCAUUGGCUUCAAAACUGCGUAAAAAUUUUUGCUCAAUAUAAUAUUUAUUUUUAGCUAGGGACCGUCAAAACUUAAAAUGCUAGGUGGGCCGAUACAUGUAUCCGGAAGUAUAUAUAAUAUCAGGCAGCAUAUAUAGUGAGCGAAUCGCGACUUUAUUUCCUAAGUCAUAAGAUUUAACGCCUUAUGAUAGCACUUCAUAUGGCUAUUCGUGUUUGCUAUUUGUAAACAGACAACAGUAUCUCCUUUGCACUCCCCAUAAAGUAUAAAGAGAACCUGCCGAUGACAAAUAGCAAAUACGAAUAACCAUGUGUGCCGAUAUCAUAUUGGCCAGCACAAAUCCAUGUAGUUACGCGUUAUUUGUGUAGUAACUCAAUUUUGUGUUUUAUUUAUUAUUCAGAUUAUAAUUGAUAUUAAUAAUACUUAUGCAAAUAACAUUUAAACAACGCGACCUUAUUACCUGAGCCAUAAGACAUAUUAUGUCUUAUAUUGCGCCGUACAAAUCAAUGAAUCAUGUUAAUUUUCUAAAGUUACACAUUUAUUUGUCUAGUAGCUUAAAAAUCGUUGUUUGUAAAACCCUAUUUGUAAUAAUAAGUAAAGGACCAAAUCAUGAAUGUGUUCCCAUAAUUUACCUUAGAUAUAAGAUUUUGGAAGCAAUUGUUAAAAUCAAACCUUAUAGGGUUAAAAUAAGGAAUCAUUAUUGGUAGUUUGCCAACUUUAAUUAGAUAUUUUCAAGAUUAACACCGGGCUAGUGAUGUUUUAUAUCAUUGCGACUGAAUAUAAUUUUAAUUUAAAAAAAUAGCAAAAAAAUCUGCUUCUGAUGAAAUUUUCACUCAUUCAAUGCAUAAAUAAAAAAUAUAUAAAAAAACCCACAUGUCCUAAAAAUCACUUCACAAGCUCAUCUGAAAUAAUUUGUAUUUAUAAUCCAUUGUUGUAAAAAAUAUCAUUCAUGAAAUAAAUAACGGUGGUGCAUAUUUAUUUUACUUGGAGGUAAAUUACUGACAUAAGCGGCUUAGCUUUUUCCACGUUUGAUACAAAGUUACCUCCAGUCACCGUUGCAUGAGCACCACAAUUUAUAUUUUAUCACGUUUUUUAUCGCGGCUAACUGUCAAUUUCCAGAGUAGUUUGACAAUUGAGCGUGAUAAAAACAUGCUAUAUGCUAUAUAUCAUAUCUCGGUGCUCAUGCUAGGGCCAAAAUAAUCUGUUUCUACUGUACUUAUAUAUUUUUAAAUAACAAUAUUCUCUUAUAAAUAAUUUAAAAUUUUCUAGUUAUUGUAACUUUUGAGGUUUAUGUUGUUAAAAUAUUGACUAAGAUGUUAUCUGAAUAUGUAUGAAUGUACAAUUACAUGAAUUGUGAAAAAAUAAAAACAAAUUAUCAAGUAUUACGUAACCGUAACCAUUCUUUGUGUUUCUUUGUUUUGCUUACUAUUUGCUUUGCCAAAGGAAAUCUUCGAUUUUAGCCCGAUUUUGUACCUUGGUACAAAUUAUCUGAAAAAACAUCUAUAAUUAUAAUGUACUUAAAGAGACUCACUCGUGAAAACCUCAAUAAGUUCAAUAAAAAUUACUGAAAAUCUGAAUUAAAAGUGGGAAUCUGCGUAUAAAGAAACAUUAUAACUUGAAGCAAUUUGUCAUUGACUGACGGAUGACAGCUAAAUACUAUUGGUUGAAAUUCAUUUCCUUGAUUGUGAUUGGUUGUAUCAAAAAUCACGUGAUUUCCGUAGCUAAUUGUUAUUAUCAUAAAGAUUGACAUUUACCAUAAUAAUUAUCUUUGUUGCCAUUAAAAUCAAUGUUUGAACGACAUUUUAUGUAGUACAAGUGAACAAAAAACUUAAUUUAUAUUUUUGAAGAAUUGGACAUAUUUUUCUAUACAUAAAUACAUGAUAAUACUUGAGGUACAAAAUUGGGCAGAUUUGUAUGGAGAAAAGAAUGGAUCCUUUUUAUAUAAAAUUUUGUAGAAAUUGAUUAUGACGAAAAUCUAUUUAUGUAAUACCUGAAUGGCUUAUGAGAUUAUUUUGUUGAUAAAAACAAUGUUUUAUAGAUUGACUAAGUGAUGAUAACUAUCAUGUCUAAAAGUUGAAACUUGAAAUCAUACAAUAAAUAUUUAUGUCUGUGUGAAUGUAACAGUGUAAGUAUGUAUGUAUUUAUAGUAAUGAUGAAUAUGUACGCCACACGAGUGAUACGAUGAGAGAUCAUAUCGUAUCACUCGUGUGGCGUACAUAUGAGAGAUCGUAGUAUUUAAGAGUUAAUUUUAUACUCAAAGUUUACCUACGGCAAAUAUACGUCUUGUAUUUUGCAAAAGUUUGUUUUUUUCAGCUACUUUGUUACUAUAAUACCAAUAGCAUCUUUUAGGAUCAUUUUGUUGAUCAUCUGUCUGUCUGCAUGUCAAGAUCCUUUAUCUCGGGAACGCGAGGCGAGGAGGUAUUGAGUUAAAAUUUAAACCGUAUACUACAAUCCUCUGGAGCUGUGAAAUAAAAAACCAGUGUGCUUAUGACCACACGACUGAAGUGAAACUUCUUUAGCUACAUCUGUAUGUCUCUAUAUAUGUGUGUGUGUACAAUAUAUACAUGUAUGUACA